AUUUUGGUACGUACACGUGUUGGAACAGGCAUCGAUUCAACUGGUUAACACCGGCUAUCUAGCAUUGGGUAGCCGAAUCACUGUUUUCCUUGGAAAUAAAGCUAGUUAACACGAACGGAACCAUGCUAUCAGAUUUGGACCUGGUCGGGACAAUUCAGGACCAUGACGAUGUGCCCGAGGAGCCUGAUUCAGAGUCUGAAGACGAAGAUGAACAGCCAAUAGUACUCAACAAGAAGAAAAAAGCGUUGAAGGGCCAUGGCGCUGGGGACUUCAGCGCUGACUUUGAGUUUGGAGAGAGGGAUGGACUCUACAGCGAGGACUGGGCUAUGGCAGAUGUGAUGGCACAGCUGAAGAAGAGGAAAGCCCCCACCACCUUGGAUGAAAAGAUUGAGAAAGUACGCAAGAAGCGCAAAACAGAGGAGAAGGCAAAGACGACAGAAAAACCAGAGAUUCCCUCAGAGGAAGAUGACGAUGAGGAGGAGGAGGAGGAGGAGGAAGAAGAUGAGAAACCUGAUAUAGCUGAAGAUGGGGCUGAGGUAUCCAAUGACGAAGACCAGAGUGGUGAUGAUGGGGAGGAGUUUACAUCAGGGGAUGAAGAGGUUCUCACCAAAGCAGAUACGGUGAGGGACAAAGGCAGAAAGAAGACAAAGGCAGAAGAGCCUCAAGAGGCCUUCUUUGAAGACGCCUCAAACUAUGACGACAAACUCAUGUUUCCCGACAUGAACCUCUCCAGGCCUAUUCUUAAGGCUAUCACUGCUAUGGGCUUCAAGCAGCCCACUCAUCAGAAGGCCUGUGUACCUGUGGGGCUUCUGGGCAAAGACAUCUGUGCCUGCGCUGCUACCGGCACCGGUAAGACGGCAGCGUUCAUGCUCCCUGUGCUGGAGCGUCUCAUCUACAAGCCCAAACAGACUGCAGUGACCCGUGUGCUAGUCCUGGUGCCCACGCGUGAGCUGGGCAUCCAGGUGCAUGCCGUGGCCCGCCAGCUGGCCCAGUUCACAAGCAUCACCACCUGCCUGGCCGUGGGGGGUCUGGACCUCAAAUCCCAGGAGGUGGCAUUGCGGAUGGGCCCUGAUGUCCUGAUCGCAACGCCAGGUCGACUGAUUGACCACCUGCACAACACGCCCUCUUUUGAGCUCAGCCAGAUUGAGAUCCUCAUCCUGGACGAGGCUGACCGGAUGCUGGACGAGUACUUUGAGGAGCAGAUGAAGGAGAUCAUCAGGAUGUGUGCCUACCAGAGACAGACCAUGCUCUUCUCUGCCACAAUGAGCGAAGAGGUGAAAGACUUGGCGUCGGUCUCUCUGAAGCAGCCGGUUCGUAUCUUUGUGAACAGUAACACAGACGUGGCGCCCUACCUCAGACAGGAGUUUGUCAGGAUCCGACCAGCCAGGGAAGGAGACAGGGAGGCUAUUGUGGCCGCUCUGCUGACACGGACCUUCCAGGACCACGUGAUGCUGUUCACCCAGACCAAGAAGCAAGCCCACCGGAUGCACAUCCUCCUGGGCCUGAUGGGGCUGAAGGUGGGAGAGCUGCAUGGGAACCUGUCCCAGACCCAGAGACUGGAGAGCCUCAGGCGGUUCAAAGAUGAACAGAUUGACAUCCUUGUGGCCACAGACGUUGCGGCUAGAGGUCUGGAUAUCGAUGGAGUCAAGACGGUGAUUAACUUCACCAUGCCCAACACAGUGAAGCACUACGUUCACAGGGUGGGUCGCACGGCCCGUGCCGGCAAGGUCGGUCGCUCUGUGUCCCUGGUGGGCGAGACUGAGAGGAAGAUGCUAAAGGACAUCGUCAGGAAGGCCAAGACCCCUGUGAAGGCCCGCGUCCUGCCACAAGAGGUGAUUCUGAAGUUCAGAGACCUGAUUGAGAAGCUGGAGAAGGACGUGUACGCCGUGAUGCGUUUGGAGAGAGAGGAGAGGGCCAUGUCUCACUCGGAGGCUCAGGUAAAAAGCUGCAUAUUGUGUUGGCUGGCACAGAACGCAGACGAGACGGAUCCCCAGAGGACGUGGUUCCAAACGCACGACGAGCGCAAAAAAGACCGCAUAUUUGACCCCAACCCUGUUGCGUACACACAUUAUUCAUCAUAUUUUUUGUCAAGUGCUAUUCUGGUUAGCUAUCUCUUUCCAGUCACUGUUUUCUCUCUGUGUUCUUCUCAGUCUGAGGAUAGAGCAGAGUUUGAGGUCCUCAAGUCCCAGAUGUACGCUGAGCGAUCAGCCAAGAGGGACCGGAAACCCAAACGAGCCAGAGCCAUGCCAGAGGACGAGCCUGUCCAGAAAGGUGCGAAACAGAAAGCUGGUAAACCAGCCAAGAAGUCUGUAUUUGACAAAGAACUUACAAACACCAGUAAGAAAGCACUCAAGCAGUACAGAGCUGGACCCUCCUUUGAGGAUAAGAAGAGGCUUGGAAUUCCAACGAACAAGAAAGGAGGCGGUGGCUUCAAGUCCAAGGCCAAGUUUAGGAGAAAGUAAGAGCUGCCUUGAUGGGGAAAAUGACAAGAUAUGCAAUUUGGAUGGAUGGAUUCACCUCCAGUGCGUCUUUUGUUUUGAGUGUCUGUCUUCCUAAAUCAGUGCUUUCCCACUUUUCAGUGGGGGCAUAAUGGAAAUAGACUGGAAAGGUUUUGGCUGAAAUCAUUUCAUUAGCCUCAGAUUGCACUCUGCGUCCUCUUAGUUUUUAUAUGUCAGGCCUACACACACGCAAACAAACCAUACCGUGGUUUUAUGUAACCUGUUGUGGCUUCACUUAAAAAUAUGUAAUGCUGAGAAACAUAUGUUCUUUUGAAGAUAAUAAAAGUUGAAUAUGUAUUAUUCUGAGCGAUGGGUUUUUCAUGAGUCUCGGAUGGCCAUGGUCCUUGCAGUAGUGAAAUCCAUGUAGGGAUUAUGUUGGUUUUUGUUGAAAUAGUGUGUCAAUAAAGAUACAAAAUGGUGA